UUCUUGGUAAUUAUUUCUGCCUCGCAAUGGCGACGUCCUUCUCCUACGGUCUCUUAUGCCUAAGCCUGGUCGUCACUCUGACGACCGGUUGGGUCAUAGAGACUCAAGAAUUUCCUGACCAAGAGGACGUUGACAUGACCAACGAUCUUCGCGAAUCCAGACGACAACGUCUGAACGUUAUAUUUCCAGGAACCAAGUGGUGCGGAAGCGGAAACGUGGCAGAAAAUUACGAGGAUCUGGGACAGUUUGCCGAAUCAGAUGCAUGCUGCCGUGCUCAUGACAAUUGUCAGGACAUUAUUGAAGCUAUGGAAACCAAACACAACCUGACAAAUCCCUCUUUCUACACGAGAGUUCACUGUUCCUGCGACGAAGCUUUCUACGAUUGUCUACAUCGUUCCGAAGAUCAAGUCUCUGGUAAAAUAGGCAUCGUAUACUUCAGUUUACUUGGGACAAAAUGCUUUCGCGAAGACUAUCCCAUCGUCGGCUGUAAGCGUUACUCCAAAUUUCCGAGACGUUGCCUCGAGUACGAGUUGGACGAAAGCCAACCGAAAAUGUACCAGUGGUUCGAUGUGCCCCUCUACUGAUUGUGGCGGUAUCCCGUCCUCGCGUUCAACAUCCGUUACCUAUGACUAUUUCCUCCUUUCUUUCUUCAAUAAAU